AGAAUACCAGUGCUCAUUAAUAUUCAGCCACCCUUGCAUUUAGAUGUAGCCAGUAUAUUUAUGUUGUAAGUAGAUUCCUUUGGUUACAAUGAAAAUAAAAGACCACAGGAGAAUAAGUGAUAAAUCGACAAGACCAGUUAGGAUGCUAUUGCAAUAUUUUUGGAAAGAAAAACUAGUAAGACUAGAACAGUGAGAUAUGGAAACAGAACUACUUUUUCUGCAACAGGUUGCUGGCAGAACACAGGUGUCUUGAAAACUACCUCUAAAGAUGCUGUGUCGCGCCACUGUAGUGGCUUCUUCCUCUGCCUUUCUCUUCCUCCACUGUUGCCUCCCAACUCUAGUCAGCCUCCGGCCGGCCGUCUCCUUAACACAGAACACCAUGCCUUCAAUUAAGUUGCAGAGUUCUGGUGGAGAGAUAUUUGAAGUUGUUGUGGAAAUUGUCAAACAAUCUGUGACUAUCAAGACCAUGUUGGAAGAUUUGGGAAUGAAUGAUGAAGGAGAUCAUGACCCAGUUCCUCUACCAAAUGUUAAUGCAGCAAUAUUAAAAAAGGUCAUUCAGCGGUGCACCCACCACGAGGAUGACCCACCUCCUCCCAAAGUUUAUGAAAACAAAGAAAAGCGAACAGACGAUAUCCCUGUUUGGGACCAAGAAUUUCUGAAAGUUGACCAAGGAACACUUUUUGAACUCAUUCUGGCUGCACACUACUUAGACAUCAAAGGUUUGCUUGAUGUUACAUGCAAGACUGUUGCCAAUAUGGUCAACAGGAAAACUCCUGAGGAGAUUCACAAGACCUUCAAUUUAAAAAAUGACUUUACUGGGCCAGGAGCUGUGGCUCACGCCUGUAAUCCCAGCACUUUGGGAGGCCGAGGCAGGCGGAUCACGAGGUCAGUAGAUUGAGACUAUCCUGGUUAACACGGUGAAACUCCGUCUCUACUAAAUAAAUACAAAAAAAUUAGCCGGGCGUGGUGGCGGGUGCCUGUAGUCCCAGCUACUCGGGAAGCUGAGGCAGGAGAAUGGUGUGAAUCCGGGAGGGGGAGCUUGCAGGGAGCCAAGAUGGCGCCACUGCACUCCGGCCUGGGCCACAGAGUGAGACUGUCUAAAAAAAAAAAAGAAAAAAAAAAAAAUUACUCUACUGAAGAGCGGGAAGCCCAGGUACACCAAGAGAACCAGCGGUGUGAAGAGAAGUGAAAUGUUAUGCCUGACACUGUAACACUGUAAGGAUUGUUCCAAAUACUAGUUGCACUGCUCUGUUUAUAGUUGUUAGUACUAGACAAACAGUAGACAAAUGCAGCAGCAAGUCAAUGGUAUUAGCGGAAUAUUGUCCUCAUUGCAUGUGUAGUUUGAGUACAGAUUCCAAACCUAUGGCUGAGUUUCUUCCAGUAUGAUCAAAAGUUUCUUUGAAUAAAACUGAACUGUAGGUUCUCUGUAAGUGGAAUUUUGGCCUUUCCCUCUUUUUUGUAAAGCAAUGUCUGCCUAGUUUAUUGUCCAGUUAACUUUAGUGACCUUUUAAAAGUUGGCACUGUAAAUAAACCAGCUUACAAAAAAAGUUUUCUGGACUAGAAUUAACAAAAUGUUAUCUUUAUUCAUGAGUUGGAAACUGGAAAAAGGCUUCUUGAAGUAAAUGUUCUGAGUGGAGUUACUAGAAUGUCUUCCAACCUCCUGCAGUCAAGGAGAACCACUGUACUGAUUAACCUGUAUGUAGCAGGGCUCCCUUCAUUGCAUCUGAGGACUUGUUUUCUCUUUCUUUAAUUUUAUUUUUAAUCCUCUUGGCUUUAAAUAUAUUGCCUAGAGACUCAGUUACUACCCAGUUUAUGGUUUUUUUGGGGAAAUGUAACUGGACAGUUUGUUAGCUUUUCAAUUAAAAAGACACUUCACCUAUGG